UUAGUUUUUCAAAGUCCUCCCUUCCAAGAAACAGGCUCCAAUUUCUCUUCACAUUUCUCUCCACCUAUAAAAACCAAUCAUAUCAAAAAGUCAAAAUCGAAAUGGCAGCAGCUCAACAACUGAAACCAUGCUUAAUCUUAAUCAAUCAUCAAACGAGCACUAGAUUCUUCAUAUUCCGGAACCACAAGAAUCUUCACAGUCUUCCACCCAGAAGAUGGUUUCAAAAUGCGAAUAUUUGUUUUCCUCAUAGAUUCCCCUCUCGGUCUUAUUUUAACUCUCCUUCUUGUCAUCCUUCUUUCACGCUUUGCUCUCGUUUUCCUCUUUCUCGGCCUCCUUUUCCUUCUCUGUUCCCACUUAGUUUUUAUCGUUUUCGAUCUCUUUUAACUUCAAUGGCCACUCCUCAAGCUGCCAAUGACUCCUCUCAGCCUUCCCAAACCAAAACCGUGCGGGUUGUCAUAAAGGGUAGGGUUCAGGGUGUCUUCUAUAGGAACUGGACAAUAGAAAAUGCCACUCAACUGGGCUUGAAGGGUUGGGUCAGGAACAGGAGGGAUGGUUCAGUUGAAGUUCUUUUUUCUGGGUGCCCGGACUCUGUCCAGGAGAUGGAGCAGAGGUGCCGUCGUGGUCCACCUGCUGCCAUGGUUACUGGGCUUCAGCUUUUCCCUUCCAAUGACGAUCCUGGCACUGGAUUUGAGAGGAGGCCAACAGUCUGAUCACUCUUUAUGUGAAGAGAUUACUGCCCAUUCUAUAUAGUAUGUAUAAUCUUGUUCUCUGAGGAAUAAAACAGCUGAGUGGUUGUGAAAUACUGAUGAUGUUGUUAAAAAGUAUGGAUAUUAAUGAAUUCGAGUAUAAUUUGUGA